UCCUCUGGCUGACAGGCUCAGAAGCUGAAGGCCUUGGAGGAGUUGGAGGUUCUGCGGGAGCAGGGAGCAGUGUCUACAGGACAAGGACAAGGGACCCCGGAGGCCUCUGCCAACCAGCAGCCAUGCACACCUGCCCCUUGACGCCUCACAGCCUGGUCCUCAGGAUGCUUGGGGCCCUCCUGCUCCUGACCACCGCCCUGAGUACUCAGAAUGGAAGGUGGGACAGGCCUGCCUGCACGGAGGGUGUGGUGUCCGUGUCCAGGGGUGGGCGGGCCGUGCUGGCCUGCAACAGCUCCAACGCCUUCACCCACAUCACCGUCCAGCUGAGCGCCCACGGCAAGACCAGGACCAUCUUCAGCGAGGAGACCCCGGGAAGCUUCCUCCAGGGAGGGUGGUGGCUCCAGGUGCGAGGGGGCCAGGCCCGGCUGGUGAUCCAGUCCAGGCCCAAGAGCAGGCGACAGAGCCGGGUCCAGUGCUGUCCACAUCUGCCUCCAGUGUUUCACUGCUGUCGCCAGGUUCACCUCCAGGCUCCAGGAAGCUGCAGGCUGUGCCUAAGGCCAGGCUGGGAUACAUGGUAGGAAUCCCAAUGGCUAUCAUCUUCUGCAUCCUGGUGGUGGGCUUCCUCAGCCAGCGCUGCACCCAUCAUUCAACAAAAUUUGGAGAUUUGUGCAGAGCCUACGAGCCAGAGUCCAGCAAGAGCUGAGUACUGUGCACCUGGAGUGUGGAUCUCAAGCCCUGAAGUUUAAACAUUGGGGACAUCAGCAUGGGGUGGCCACACUCCAGCACUCUCAGGAGCCCAGGGCCACCAUGCGGGUUCCAGAUAAGCCACGGCUACCACUUGGAGAGCUAAGAGGACCCCAUCUGCUGCUGGGAAUGGAGAGCCUACCUGUGUGUGUGACAUUGCAGAGGGGUCCAGAGAUGGAGGACAAGGAGAGGGUAAAAAAGGUAGUCUUUUCUGUCAAAGGGGAUAUACAAAUCUCUAGUUUUGUAAAAUUCUAUUUUUGUAAAUUGCAGAUGUGCUUGUUUCACCAUUCCUUAAAAAACAACUUAACACAAAGGGCUACACACCAGUGCAUCUGCCAUAAAUUUUUGAAUCUCUUUUGUUAUAAAAGAGUUCCUGAGUCACAGGAUCUGUCCUGCCUGGCAACUAUGACAGACACCGCGAGAACUAGCCAAGGGGUUAAACUGUGAGGCUAUGCUGCCACCCAGGGGCUCAGCCCAGUGCCAGGGAAGAAAAGCCCAGCAGACUACUUGAGUGUGCUGGCUGGCUUUGUUUAGCCUCGCCACACACCUGCUGUAGAAGUAAAGCCUUGCCAAACACUUCUCAAAAGUCUAGUUUCUUUUGUCCUGUUUGGAACAUCAGAAAAUUUAUGUUCAACAGAAAGGCUAUCAUGGGAACAGGGUUGGCAGCCUGGGAGCCCCUUGGGCUUGUCUCGGGAGACAGACCCUGACCCCAGCCCCCAGCCCCGUGCUCUUCAGCUGCUUCUCCUGCUCCUUCCCCUCAUUCCAUACCCGCAAACACUUCAAGUCACACAGGAUGCCCCUCACCCUCUGUCUCUUGUCAGGAACCCUAGGCACCUUUCCCUCUGCCGCAGCCCAAAGGUCCAGGGCCUCCGUCUGACCCCUGGGUCUGCAGCUUUGCUGCAGGUGCCGUCAGGCCCACAGUCACCCUGUGAGAGCAGUAACAAGGCAGUAACAAACCUCCUGCCAGGGAGCCAGGGAAAGAGGCCUGAGAGGCUUGCUGUUCCACACCCACCACCAGGGGGCAGAGCGGGCCUGCUGCAGGGAGCCUGGGGCCAGGGUGGAAGG